GGAUAAGAAGGACCAACACUAGUGAUAGCCACUUCUUCUGGCUCUGCUGGAGGGAGCAGGAUGGGGCUCAUGUAGGCACAGUAAAAUCAUUCAACUUACCAGCUUUGUGGCACGGCCUCAAUGGCUGUCUCAACACUCUGAAAUGCUGAGGAAACGGGAAAGAGUCUGGCAUUAUUUUCUCUACUCUUAGCCUGGUGCUGGUGGUUAUAUGCUGGGGGAUCUCUGUUCCAGGAAUUCUAAGGCUCCAUCAAAUUAACAAAGACCAAGGAAGAAAUAAGAGCUGAUCCUAAUUGCAGGCAAGAGAUUGUCCAGGAGAAACUCUUACCUCCCUUAGCUCCACACCCUGACUUGCUGAGCUUUGGGAAAUUGAUAUCCACUUAUCCGCCACUAUCGACCCUCCUCUGCUACUUCCUUGGCACUCCGUUUCCCAAGUUCAGUGUUUCUACCACUUUCAACCUUCUCUGGCCCCCUUAAGAGCUUCAACAAAAAUUAGAGUGAUUGAGAGCCUCUAAAAGCAAGAGAGAGACAGACAGACAGGCAGGCAGAUAGACAAGCAGGCAGGCAGGCAGACAGACAGACAGACAGAUAGAGGAGAACAGAGAUAAGACACAGAAAGAAACAGGAGACAGACAGACAGAUAGAGAAGAGGGAGAGAGAGAGAGAGAGUUCUUCUGGAAUACAUUUAGAAGUGCAGUUCAGUCAACAACUGAAAAGUUGAAAGAUUUUAAAAUCAUGUCCCAAAGGUCUCUUACUUGGGGAUAUAACAAGGACAAUGGACCACAUACCUGGUAUAAACAUUUUCCAAUUGCCAGAGGAAAGCAGCAAUCUCCUAUUGAUAUUCAGAUCUGGAAUGCCAAGUUUGACAGUUCCCUGAAGCCUCUGAAUUUUAACUACAGUGCCUCAACAACUAGGAGAAUUGUCAACAAAGGUCACUCUUUCGAGGUAGAGUUCGAUAGUUCUACUGACAAAUCAGUGCUAAGCGGAGGACCUCUAACUGAGAAAUACAAGUUGACUCAAUUACAUUUUCACUGGGGUCGCAGGGAUGAGGAAGGCUCUGAGCACAGCAUUGAUGAUCUGAAAUAUGCAUCUGAGCUUCACAUGGUUCAUUGGAAUACAAAAUACAGUACAGUUUCAGAAUCAAUUCACCAACCUGAUGGAUUGGCUGUAGUUGCUAUUUUCUUGAAGGUGGGAGGUGCUCAUCAGGAACUAGAGAAAAUCACACAUGCCUUGGGUUCCAUUAGGAAAAAAAAUAUGUCUACUGUCUUUACAAACUUCAAUCCAGCUUGUCUCCUUCCUGAUAACAAGGACUAUUGGACUUACUCAGGUUCACUAACCGUUCCUCCACUUUUAGAAUGUGUGACUUGGAUUGUCUUAAAAGAACCCAUCAAUAUCAGCAAAGAACAGCUAAGCAAAUUCCGAAGUCUUUACUCGACUAUGGAGGGAGAACAUCCCAAGAAGCAUAUAGAGACAAACUGUCGCCCACGUCAGUCUCUGCAAGGCAGGGUGAUUAGAAGGUUCUUAUCAUAAGAUUACCACCACUUGGAAUACUGGUUCCCAAAAGGAAAGGACCAUCUGGAAAUAUGCAAAUCGAUCCUUAAUCAUCAAUCUAUGCCUUGAUAGCAUUCUCCUCUA